GUAUCGGUCGUAAAACUGUUUCAGGCGAAUUCCGCGCGAUGUCAGCGAUCAAAUUAUUUGAUAUUUCCUAGCGAUAUUCGCGCGACGUCAGUAGUUCAUGUUGAGACUUGACACAGGCACGAUUACUUGAAUCGCUCUACAAUGACGGAUUUCAACGAGGUAUUAAUAGUGGCUGUUAGAAAUUCCAAAAUACUGUGGGACAAGACUGACAAAAGGUAUCAUAAUCGACUGUUGGUGGAUAGAGAAUGGAGAAGAAUUGCCAAAGAACUGGGGGAACCAAAGGAAGCAGUUAAAGGAAAGUGGAAAAAUCUUCUUGAUACUUUCAACAGAGAACUAAAAAAAGUGCACAAGUCCAGAUCAGGUGAGGAGGCAAACGGACCAUGUCGUUACAAGGGUACAUGGUGUUAUUUUGAAGAGAUGUAUUUCUUAAAACGAAUAUUAACUCCUCGAAAAACUAAAGGUAACUUGUCAUCAUCUCAGGAGAAAGAUAUUAAUGGAGAUGAAUUCCAAUCUGAAUCGCAAGAAGAUGACGAGUCUGAAGCCAAUCGAUGUAUUGAACAAGAGGAAUACGAUAAGGAAGAAGAAGAAUUGACUCAUAUUGAAGACGUUCCUAAAUCAGCAAUUCGUCUGAAGCUCUCGAAAAGAAGAAGACCGACAAGUUUGCAAAAUGAACUGGAGAACUUGGAGAAAUCUUUGCCUUCCUCAACUAGUCCCAAAAAUCCUAUAAAAGUUAGUAGAAAACGAAAAGCUGGAACCCCACAAUAUCAGCAUGAUUGUUUUGAACGUGAGAUGUUGCAACUUGAAGCUAAAGAAUUGGAUAUUUUGAGAAAUACUAAAGAUGACGAUGAAGACAUCAACUUUUUCAAAUCCCUUUUGCCGCAUGUCAGACAACUUUCUUCGAUAAAUAAAUUAAACUUUCGUAGUCAAGUACAAAAUUUGCUGUGUCAGGAACUGUGUAAACUGGAACCAAGCAACAGAGCUUCUUCGUCUUACUGUUCUCCACCUUCUUCAGACUAUAACGGUAUUGAUCAAUCAUCCGAUCCUGGACAUCCAGAACAAUACGAUUAGGUAAUACACGAGUUCAAUUAACAUUAUUGAUGUCUGAUAACAAGAAAUAAAAAGGUUAAAAAGUGAAAAGUAUUUU